AUGAGAGAUGAUGAAAAGGCAGAAACUACUUAUAAGGAAAUCAUCCGGGUUCAAAGGAGAGAAUUGGGUGCUGAACACCCCCAUACGCUUGAUACUAUGAGUAGUCUGGCCAGUUUCCUAAUAAGAGCUGACCGGAUGCCAGCAGCGGAGACGAUGCUGCAAGACGUGAUCGUUGGCCGUCAACAGGCAUUAGGAGAAUCACACCCGGAUACAAUUGAAUCCAUGGACUCCCUUAGAGAUGUGCUCUCACAACAGGGAAAGUUCAUUGAUGCCACAGGCCAGGCCGAGAAGAUUGUUGAACUUCAAAAAAAGACUCUUGGAGAGGAGCACGACGAGACCUUGGGAUCUAUGAUCAUCCUUGCGGUAACGCACGCUUGGCGGGGAGAAUAUCUAAUACCUAUGGCUCUGUGUCAACAAGUCAUCAAAACCAUAAUGAAUACUUCCGACGGCGAUGAUGGAAUUCUACGGCUGGCUGUACUGCAUCUUGUGGAGUUACUAUAUUUGCAAGGCAAGUUUGAGGAGGCUGAGUUGGCAUGCAGAGACGUUUUCCUACAUAUUGCGAAAAGCAGGAAGAAUCCAGACGCAGAUGUUGUCCAAUUCAAGGCAUCUCUUAUCAAUGAUCUCCACGAGGCGGAAAUUGAUGAGUUAGCAGCCAAGUUUGAAAGGGAGGUUGAUGAAGUCAGAUCGAAGGCCAGCGGUUCUUGA